CGUUGCCGCCAUCUCUUCUCGCGGUAACGUUAACGUACUGUUAGCUUGCUGGCUAACCCCCAUCGUUUCCAGGUUUCGUGUCGACCUGAAAACACCAAACCCAGGAGACACACAGACAGACGGCGACUCUGAACACUUUCCCGCGUCCAGGCUGCACGGAGGAGCGGCACGAUGCCUCACAACUUCCAGCCCGGAGACCUGGUCUUCGCUAAGAUGAAGGGAUACCCACACUGGCCGGCCCGGAUUGAAGACGUGGCUGAUGGAGCAGUGAAACCACCUCCUAAUAAAAUCCCAAUUUUCUUCUUCGGGACACAUGAAACAGCAUUCCUGGCAGCAAAGGACCUUUUUGCCUACGAGAAGUACAGAGAACGCUACGGGAAGCCCAACAAAAGGAAGGGAUUCAACGAAGGUUUAUGGGAGAUCCAGAAUAAUCCACACGCCUCCUACAGCGCCCCGCCUGUACCGGCUAGCUCGUCCGACAGCGAGGGCAACAACGCCGGAGGAGGAAGCGACGAGGACGAAGACGACGAAGACGCCACGGUUCCUCGGAAAGCCGAGUCCGGAAGUGAGGUCGACUCGGAUUCCGGCAGUGAAGACCGAGGAGGAGGAGGAACAGGAGUGAAGCGAAAGCCACAAGCUCCUAAGCGACCUCCUCCUCCAAAAAAGGCUCGCGGCUCGUCCAGUGACCGAGACGAAGAGAGCGGAUCUCCUUCUGAAUCAGAGCCGACGCCUUCAGAGUCCGACUCCGGCAAAAACAGUGACCAGGAUUUUACUCCAGAGAAGAAAUCAGGUGGACGAGGUGGAAAGAAAGCAGGAGGCAGAGGGAAGAAAAAGAAGGCUUCGUCUGACUCGGAUUCGGAAUCGGGAUCAGGGUCGGAGAAGAAAGUAUUGGACAGCGACUCUGAGGACGAGAAGCCUCGACCGGCUCUGUCCGGCUCAGAAUCUCAGUCCGGCUCGAAAUCCGACUCGGAUUCGGAUCCUCCUCCUCGGAAAGGCCCGCAGGCUCGCAAGAAAAGUGCAGAGAAACCUGCGCCGAAGCCUCGUGCACGUAAACCCAAACCCGCCCCGGCAAAGCGAGCACCUUCAUCCUCCUCCGACAGUGACAGCGACAGUGAACCCGACCGCAUCAGCGAAUGGAAGAAGCGAGAUGAAGAACGCAGGCGAGAGCUGGAGGAACGCCGGAAAAAGGAGGAAGCAGAGGAGCUCCGCCGGCUACGUGAGAGGGAGAAGGAGGAAGAGGAGAAAAAGAAGAAAGACAAAGAUAAGGGUAAAAAAGGGAGCGACAGUGACAGCAGCAGCAGCUCAGAUGAAGGUAUCGAUGAUCACCCGCUGAAGAAGUCCAAGAAACCACCUCCACCUCCGAUCCCAGCACCCUCAGACUCUGAUUCUCCACCGCCAGCCGAGGUGAAGAAACCUUCCAAGAAGCUGGACAACCAGAAGAAGGCCAGAGUAAAGAAAGAGAAGGAGAGAAAAGAAAGAAAGGAAAAGGAGCUAAAGGAGAAGAAAGCCAGACGGUCAGAAGAGAAGUCCAGAGCAAGGUCUAAGCCUGAAAAACCCAAACGCAAACCGGAGAGGCUGCCGGACAAGAAAGUGGAAAAGAAAAAGGAACCAUCACCAGAGGAAAGGCUACAGAAACUCCACACAGAUAUUAAGUUUGCACUCAAAGUGGACAACCCAGACAUAGAGCGAUGUCUACAAGCACUGGAAGAGCUCGAGGCUGUACCUGUCACCAGCCAGAUCCUCCAUAAAAAUGCUGAAGUUAUUGCCACACUAAAAAAGAUUCGGCGGUAUAAAGCCAGCACUGCAGUCAUGGAAAAAGCGAGUGACGUCUACAACAAGUUGAAACUUCGCUUCGUGGGCAAAGGAGAGGUGCCGGCUAAACCUAAAACAGAGGAUAAGGAACCCGAAGACGAUGAGAAGGAACCACAAAACGCAGAUUCCACUCCAGUGAAUGGAGAAUCAGAGGAGAAUAAAAAUGACAUGGAGGUAGAGGAAAAACCAAAAUCACCUGCACAGGAGGAGAACAAUGACGAAACCACUUCAAGUCCAAACAGACGAAGCCCAGACAGUCCAGCUGAGCAACAGACACACACAUACGAAGAUGCAGACAACUCCAUCUCUGCAGAGACGGAACCUCCUGCCAUAGAAACCUGAGAGACCCUUAAACAACCACUGCUGUGGACCAAGUGCUAAAAGAUGGUGGCCUCUGUUGUGACGUCCUCCCCCGGCACACACCCAGCCGAUUCCUCCAGUAUCUGUUACGUCACCGUUGAUGUUUUGGACAUUUUGUACUUGGAUAAUAUCAAACCUGUUAGCCCCGUUUGGUCCACUGUCCAUCACAGCAACAAGGAAAGCUUCUUAGUGUGAUAGUUUGUGGCGCUGCGCAGACUUCUUUCGUUUCUGAAAUGUACUUUUCCUUUUAUAUGACACUCUGCCCGUCCUGGACCCCAAACUCCUGCUCCUGGCUGCUUUCUUUAUUCUACCACAUGAACUCUUUUUUUUGUUGAUCUUUCAUACUGUAUGUAUAUUGAAUGAUUACAUUUUUAGCACUUCUAACCGGAAUUUAGGUCUGGGGUAGUAUGAGAUGAAACUUCAAUGAAUCCUACGGGGAAAAUUGGGAAGAAACUGAGUCGUGCUGGUCGUUUGUUGCUCUGAAGAUGUUGUGCAGCCCUUAACAUCCGUUGGCUUCGUUUUUAUAAAGCCUGCGAAACAUCACAAAAGCCUCGUCUGUGUGUAUGGCAUCAUGAGAGUGGUAAAGUACUAUUUGUGAGUCUUUUAUGUUAAGUUUUUUUUUUUUUAAUUCUCUGGUCUUGAUCCAGUUAAUCCAGUCUGAAAUGUAAAGAGUCACUUAAAACUGUUUUCCAACUGAGGUCCACCUACUUUUUUUAUAGCCUUGUUUUCAGAUAGUCACAGUUUUGUCUCAAAUAAUAACUGCUGUGGAGUUGAACACCUACACUCUCCUCUCCCCUAGUGUCUGCUUGCAGUAACUUGCAUAAUAAAUGGAAAACUGCCCAUAAAAAGCUAUCGAGAUCUCAUGUAGCUGCAGCCUAUUUUGACAUUUUGCUGUCAUGUGCAUACAACAGGUGUUUUUAGUGCUAUGUAAAUUGGUAAAGCAUUUCUAUCACUUCGUUGAGACUUGAAUAAAAAUCUCAGCAUGA